GAGUGGAACCGUUAUGGUUGUGCACCUAUCACCAUGGUUGACACGCGUACAGGAAAGUGCACUUCCCCUUAUACCGCGGAAGAAGAGGCAAAGGCCGCCGCCAUCCUGAAAGAGAGAAAAGAGAGGAAGGAGGCCAAGAAGAAGGCCUUGAUGGAGGAACAGGCGGCGAAGAUGAAAAAGAUUGAGGAGGAGAUGGCCAGAGAGAAGGAGAGAUUAAAGAAAGAAGAAGAAGAAAAACUCAACGCGGUGGAAGAGGAGGAAGAGGUAGAAGAAGAGCCAUUGGAGAGGAGAAGAAGAGAACAAAAGAGGGGAAUUCAGUGGGACAAAAGAUGACCAGUUAGAGAAAAAGAUCACAGAGUGGGUGGCGAAUUUAUCCCUGGGAGAAGAAGAAGAAGCGUUAAUGUAUGUACCCAGGGAAGAGCAGGAGGCGGCCAUAAAGGCGUGGGAGGCAGAAGAGGUUCCACUCAAGCGACAUGCCAUUGAGGAUGAGACGAGGAUGGAGUGGAAGCUACGGCUCAUGAGGGAGAGAAAAAGGAGAAUGGAAGCAGUGAGCCAGGCAGCAAAGGAGUUGGAGGAAGUAAAAAAGCAGAAAGACCAGAUGGCGGUACAGGUGGACCUCCUGGGUAAGAUGGAAAUCAUGGCGAGGAAUAUCGAACGCCUGACAUCAGCUCAGGAAGAGCAAUAUCAGUUUAUUAGAAGUCAGGGCAUUGCCUUGCGUUCGAUACGAUUGGGAUUCACAGAAUUUGCGCGGGAGUUAGUGGUACAAGUGGGAUCAGAAGUGAAAGUCCGCCUAGACAGUACAAAGCGCUAUUGCACCGGUGCCAUAGAGGAGGAAGUACCCCCGCGUAGGGAGCCCGUCAAAGUCAAGUUCCCCGAUUCCUACAGUGGAAAGAAGGAGGAGAACUUUGACAACUGGGAGGCUAAUAUAAAGACCUACGUGCACUUGCAAAAGGUUUCCCUAGAUGAGCAUGUUCUAGUUGCCAUUUACGCGCUAAAGGAGGAGGCCGCCAAUUUUGCACGUUCCCUAGUUCGCACUGCGAAUUGCAACGAGGAUGUAGUUGCUUACUCCGCGUUUACUCCCCUCGCCGAUUUCCUUAAGUUGUUGCGCGAACGAUUCGCAGAUGUUUCGUGCAGUGUCAAAGCCUCUGAUAAGUUGCACACUAUCCACUCUCGUCAGUGGAGGAGUGCCAGAGCACUCAAAGGAGUAAUGGACGAGUUGGUGGUUGUUCCUGACCAUGGGGUCACAAAGACCCAACUGGUCAACCUCUUCUACCGGGCUAUGCCCGAAUCGUUAUGCGGGCACUUCUUUGAGAAGAGCCAACAACUUACCAUGACCUAUGACGCAUUGAGCAGGGAAGUGGUAUCUUUUGAAGCACGGUCCAUGUCAGUGUCCACUUUCUGGCAUAAGGACCUUGACAAAGCGAAGCAGUGGAAGGGUCACACUAUUUCUGGGCAGAUCAAGUUCAAGGACCGUUUGCUCCUUACGUUAGAUGAAGGUAGUGUUGAGGAAGUCCCCUACGAGCAGAUAGAGUGGGGGCUAGAGGAGGAGGAGGAGGACAGUAGCGCUAGUCAGGGGAGGACUUACGCUGCUGUCGCGGCCAGAGGGAGGCCGCAAGGAAGAGGAGGAGGCCAGGGCCAAGGGGGUCGGGCCUCAAGUGGCCGUUUCCAGGUCGAUCAGGGGUUUGGCGGUAGAGGAGGAAACCGCCAAGCGGGAGGAAGGGGUAAAGGUCCCCCGCAAAACCGUUCUGGCAACCGUUCACCUAAUAGGGUGAAAAACGAGAAAUUAGAGGAGCAGGUUUUCGUAGUUUACGUAAGGCCUGUCACUGAGCCUAAGGAGGAGAAGCCCAUUGACCCAGCUAUUGCCAAGCUGCUGGAAGAAUUCAAGGAUUUAGUUGAACCGCCGACAGGAGUAGUACCACGGCCCAUCCAACAUCGCAUUGAGAUUGAGCCUGGCAGUAGGACUCCCAAAGGAGCGGUGUAUAGAAUGUCCCCGCGGGAGUUGGAGGAGUUAUGCAAGCAGUUAGACGAGCUCCUAGAAAAGGGUUGGAUUAAGCCCAGUUCAUCUCCAUUCGGAGCACCUGUUCUAUUUGUCCCCAAGAAGGAGGGAGAACUCAGAAUGUGCAUAGACUAUAGGGGUCUUAAUGCUAUCACUGUGAAGAAUGUAGAGCCGCUGCCCCGUAUAGAUGAUCUGUUAGACUGGGUGCAGGGAUGCAAGUACUUUUCGAAGAUAGACUUGAAGUACGGAUAUCAUCAGAUAGAGGUCCAUCAUGAUGAUCAGUAUAAGACCGCGUUCCGGACUAGGUAUUGGCACUAUGAGUUUAUAGUCAUGCCCUUUGGACUAACCAACACGCCAUCGACUUUUCAGCGUUGUAUGAAUGACAUGUUUAGGCCGUGGUUAGAUAGGUUUGUAGUAGUGUAUCUAGAUGACAUUCUAGUUUUUAGCAAGACCCUCCAAGAGCACCAGGGUCAUCUCAGGCAGGUCUUGGAGAAGCUGAGAGAGGCUAACUUCAAGAUCAACCCCAAGAAGUGCGAGUGGGCAAAGACCCAAGUUUUGUACUCAGGCCACGUCUAAAACGGAGACGGCAUUAAGCCAAA